UCGGUUGGACCCUAUCUCUCGCGCGUAUCGUGUUUGAAAAUUGCGUCACCUUUUGGAAAGAAAUUUCCAUGGGGAGAACAUUUCGUCGAUCGAUCUACGUGUCGAAUUAACAUUACAGUGUGUCGCUCGCUUCAACUUAAUCGAGAAUAAUUUAAAUCGAUACAAUUCUAUAGAAAGCUGAAUCGAUUCCAAUUUGCAAGAGGUAGUAUUAUCGAGGCAAUAUAUCUUGGAUUCCUUUUUGCUUCUUCCAUUACGUUUGAUAAUGCGCGCCUCGAGAAUAUUUACAACGAUACUAUUCGAGAUUUUUCACGAAAUAAAAAACGCGAUCUAUCUGUGCAUGUAAUCGUUAUAAACCAUUCAUCCGUAUUACGAGGAACAAUAUAAUGCUCUAGUGCGGAAGAGAGAUGACAACGUUAAACGACAAAGUUUAACUCGAGGAAUUUGGCAAUGAUUAAUGCGACGAAAAGGUGAUGUGGCGAAACUUUGGUUGGACGGCCAUCCUGGCCAUAUGGACGAUCUUCCUGAUUUUGAAUAGCGGCUUAACUGGUGAAUGGAUCUUCAGUAAUCUGCAGAUCAACAAUGAACACACUUCCUACAAAGUUUAUCAAGGACCGGCAUCCUCUAGUUUCGAUAGAGAAGCAAUUCACGAUUCUACAUUACGAGACGCGAAAAAGAAUCUCAAAUCGAAUGAUCAUUUAUCAAUGCAUACGAAAGCAGUUCUCUUGGAAUUCAAAAACAUAGAAAAUCGCGAUUUACGACUCAGUGGCUAUGAAAAGCACAAGGCAAUGGCAAAUCCAAUAACUACGCCAGGAUACUUUAAACAAGAUUUUGACAAAAAUUCUUGGCUUACUACGAAGAAAAUAGCAAGAAAAAACGUGUGGUUGUCAAAAAUUAUCGUUAUGGAAAAAUCGAGGAAUACGAAGAAUUAUUGUAAAUUUGUGUCAAGUUUACACGUAUCACCGUCCCAUGAAUUGAAAAGUGCUUUGAGAAAAAGAAGGCGUAGAGAAAAAACGACCUACACGUUCUCAAGCGAUCGUAAAAAAGCAGCGAAGAUAAGACGCGACACUAGAACGUUUGACAGGAGAGGCGAAUGGCGCAGGAAAAAGCACAAGAGGGAGCAGAUCUUUAGCAGAGAAAACGGUGAGAUCGCAUUCUUCCCCGACGAAUUCACAAAGCACUCGCGCAGUUCUAUACGAGAAUUUAAAAAUUCCGAUAUCUUAAAGUUCCGAACUAUAAAAGACACCGAGUUCAGGCGCGCGGACGAGAAACGUGAAUAUAAUAGAAACGACGAAGAUUCUCGUUCAAGUUUGACGAAAAACGGCAGGAAUAAAUUGAUGUACGUGAACGUUGAAGCUAACGGAUCUCGGAUAUUGGAGACAACUUUCUCGAACUAUUCCGACUUAAAAGAAGAUCGGAGCUUUGGGAAUGUGGGAACCGUUACAGACAAUACAAAUACAAUCACCAAGAAUUCACCUUACGACCGUUCCGUGACUGUCUCCUGGACUACGUUAAUCGUCAAUUCCAAAAUCUCAAACACAAACGGAGAACUUGGGAACGAAGAGAAUAGAUAUUCGUCGAUAAAUCCCUAUCACUCUCCGAAGCAAGAACAUUCGAGAUCCUAUAAAACAGGUAAGUUUCCAACAAGCAAAACAACUUACAGACACCAAUAUUCAGAGGUAGGAUUUGUAAAUAGAGACGCGCGCGAGGGCGGAAAAGGGAACGUCGAAGAUAUUGUCGAUUCGUUCGCUUUUCACGUACCGAAUUUGCCCGAUACCCAUCUCGCUGGGGAGAGAAGCGUCAGCUUUAUAGAACAUACUUCUUCGCGAAAAGGGAAGAACCCGCCAAGAAUGGCACGCGAGACACCCGGUGAAUAUCAUCCUUUUAUAAAUAAUAUCAAUGUGAGAAUAAGCGGAAAAGCCACUACGGAUUUCGGAAGCGAGUCGCAAGUACGAAGAGAUGUAGGAGAGAUUACCACCGGUGCGAAUUAUGCGACACGCAACGUGCUCGAAACUGAGCGUGAUCUGUUACCGACUAAUUUAUUCGUCGCCAGGAUCGACGAGGCAAAGUUAGAGUAUCCGACGUCAGCGCGUAUUUCAGUCACGCAGGAGAGGAAUCCGAUGCACGUACAACACGUCAGGCCCGGCUCGGACUACGAGCAUCCACGGACGACCGAUUUGGAAGCCCAAGUUAGUGGGGCGUUUCGAAUCGGCCUCUGGAAUGUCUCCGGUUUGUCGAGGCUCGCAAAAUUCGGCAAACCCCUCGGCCAGAAAGUUCAUAGUCGCGUGAAAUAUUCGCGGAAAUUUGACGGGAUCGAUGCCAAUGCUCAGCCAUUACGCAUCGCUGAAAUAAUUGAUGGAAGAUCGAAACUUGACAGGGAACUUGGAGCGACUUGGAUCAAAAAUGAAUCUAUCUCUCUCGAUGCAACGAACGUCAGUGAUAAUCCAACCGAGAUGCGGGUGAUUAAUGGAUAUGCGCAAUCAUUGAACGUACCUACGAGUGAGUCGGGAUUAGAAAAUGUCAGAAUCAUGAGUCGAGAUGGAAAUCAUCCCGACAUGCAUGAAGAAUCUCGAUUUUAUUCACGAAGCAGUGGUAUCCAUAACUCAAAAUAUCGACGAUACAAACGUCACGAAGUUCGGAAUACUCCGGGGAAUCCGACAUCGACUGAGCCUGAUAGCGAGACGUGGAAGACAUUUGAUACGAUAAGACCAACAACAUCGAAUUUUUUGAUUAAAUUUACACCGAAUCCAUCCGUUUCGGUUUCUCAAACCAGUAAUGAGAAUGAGGAUCAAAUAUCAACCGACGCGAAUUUUCUCACAACCGUAGAAGCACUGCCGUCUUCGGAAUAUCAAGAACUUCGAAAAGAGUGGCAAUCGAUUCCGCCGAUGACUACUACUGAUUACGAAUUACGACGUACGAAUGUUCCCACGGAAACGGGAUCUGAUUCAUUAGAGACAAUAGUAGAUAUUCCGAAGACAUUCAACGUCAGCUCGAUAGACACGUCGGCGUUUCUAAUCAAGACGCUUGAUCGAUCGACGGAAAUCGCUAAGAUAGACAACUCCGUUAUUCUGAAAGAUUCCCCGGUGCCAGAAACGACUCUGCGAAUACCCGACACCACGAGGAGCGUCCUCGAUGUGUCAUUAAUCGAGCCCAUUAAUUCAGAGGGAGAAGGACACGCGAUGCAUGGUAGUAGCUCGAUCGCUUUUACAGUCGAACCGUUUCCUCAAAGGGGAGGCAUCAAUCCCCUUCAGGAUGUCUCGGAGGACAUGACGACGGAGAAUGUCGACAAUUCAUCGACCGCACUCUCCGAGCAGUGGCCUGUAAAGCACAAUGCGGUGGUAGAAGGCGAUCUCGUUCUCGGUGGACUGAUGAUGGUGCACGAAAGAGAAGACACAGUUACAUGUGGACCCGUGAUGCCUCAGGGUGGCGUACAGGCGCUAGAGGCUAUGCUGUACACCCUGGAUAAGCUCAACGAUCGAGAGAUCGUGCCGGGCGUCAAGAUCGGGGCGCACAUACUCGACGAUUGCGACAAGGACACGUACGGCCUUGAGAUGGCGGUCGAUUUCAUUAAAGGUUCAAUAAGCAACAUAGACGGCGCAGAAUAUCACUGCAACAAAACUGUACGAAAGGUAAUCAGUGGUGUCGUUGGGGCUGCGAGUUCAGUAACAUCAAUUCAAGUUGCCAAUCUUCUACGAUUAUUUAGGAUCCCGCAAGUCUCCUUUUUCUCAACAAGCCCAGAGCUUUCCAACAAGCAACGCUUCGAAUACUUUACCCGUACGAUACCUAGCGAUCACUAUCAAGUCAAAGCAAUGGUCGAUAUUGUAUUGACGAUGGGCUGGAGUUACGUCUCCAUCAUUUACGAGGAGAGCAACUACGGUAUAAAGGCUUUUGAAGAACUCGAGGAAUUACUAGGAAAACAUAACAUAUGUAUCGCUAUCAAAGAAAAGUUGGUGAAGGAUUCUGGGGUUGCUGAAGAGAUCGCCUAUGAUAAUAUUGUUUUGAAGUUGUUGACAAAACCACGAGCAAGAGGCUGCAUUAUUUUCGGUUCCGAUCAAGAAGUUGCCGGAGUCAUGAGGGCGGUUAGACGAUGCAACGCGACCGGCGCUUUUUCCUGGAUUGGAAGUGACGGUUGGAGCGCAAGAGGAUUAGUGAGUAACGGUAACGAGCCGGAAGUCGAGGGCACUCUAUCGGUCCAACCUCAGGCGAACCCAGUUAAGGGUUUCGGAGAGUACUUCCUCAACUUGACCGUCGAGAAUAAUCGAAGGAAUCCGUGGUUCGUCGAAUUUUGGGAAGAUCAUUUCAAAUGCCGAUAUCCGAACUCAUCCUGGACACCGUACAAUACAAAAUAUACGAAAAAUUGCACAACGGAGGAACGUCUCACCAAAGAAAAUAUAGUUUUCGAGGACCAAUUACAGUUUGUUUCCGAUGCAGUGAUGGCAUUCGCUUACGCUUUUCGAGAUAUGCAUCAUGAGGUUUGCGAAGGAAAACCAGGAUUGUGCGAUGCUAUGAAACCAACUAAAGGAACAACGCUUCUACAAUACCUGCGUAAGGUGGAUUUCGAGGGUCUAAGCGGAGACAAGUUUAGAUUCGACAAAAACGGCGACGGGCCCGCGCGGUACAACAUCAUACAUUUCAAGCAAAUCGAGCCGGGCGAGUACAAGUGGAUUCGCGUCGGUAAAUACCUGGAAGGCGAACUGCGAUUGAAUAUGUCUGAAAUCCAAUUUAAGCUCGGGCAUCCUCAACCACCCGAGAGUGUAUGCUCCUUGCCUUGCGAGGUCGGUCAAGCAAAGAAAUAUGUCGAGGGUGAAAGAUGCUGCUGGCAUUGCUUUAAUUGCACUCUAUAUCAGAUACGACAUCCCAAAGACGAAACGCAGUGUAUUCAAUGUCCUCGAGGUACAUUGCCCGAUGAAACUCAUUCGAUAUGUCGAGAUGUUCCGGAAGAGUUUCUACGCCCGGAAAGCGCUUGGGCAAUAGGUGCAAUGUCUUUUUCUGCCACAGGAAUUUUGGUAACGUUAUUCGUCGGCGGCGUUUUCCUCAGACAUAACGAUACGCCUGUUGUACGUGCAUCUGGACGAGAACUCUCUUACGUUCUUCUCUCAGGAAUUUUACUCUGUUAUCUCGUCACAUUUGCUUUGAUACUUAGACCCGCAGACAUUGUCUGCGGUAUACAAAGAUUUGCCGCGGGCUUCUGCUUCACCGUAGUAUACGCGGCAUUAUUAACGAAGACCAAUCGAAUUUCAAGAAUCUUUAAUGCCGGAAGCGCAAAAAGACCAUCCUUCAUAUCACCGCGGUCACAACUUAUUAUCUGCUUUGGAUUAGUAUUCGUGCAAAUCUUAAUUAACGGAGUUUGGAUAAUCAUCGAUCCUGCCAGAGCGAUGCAUCACUACCCGACGAUGGAAGAUAAUUUGCUCGUUUGUAACAAUUACAUCGACGCCAGUUACAUGAUCGCGUUCGCGUAUCCUACAGUAUUAAUAGUCGUGUGCACCGUCUACGCCGUCCUCACGAGAAAAAUUCCAGAAGCCUUCAACGAGAGCAAGCACAUUGGUUUAACGAUGUAUACAACGUGCGUCAUAUGGUGUGCUUUCAUACCUUUGUAUUACGGUACCGGAAGCAACGUUGCACUGAGAAUUACUUCGAUGUCGGUCACAAUCAGUCUUUCUGCGUCUGUAACGGUGGUUUGUCUCUUCAGUCCAAAGCUAUACAUUAUUUUAAUCCGACCUGAGAGAAAUGUGCGUCCAACCGUGAGGGCAGGAAGGCCUAAUCUGACGAAAAGUUCAGCGAUAACUGCCACAAAUGCUUCAAAUAUGAUGGGGCCAGUAACGGCGACGACGGUUUUGACAGCCGCAACUUGCGAUCAGAAUAAAGCAAUUAAAAAACAUAUCGCUAUAGACUGCUCCACUCAAAGCGAGUGCUACGAAUUACAAUUGAAGGAUCAAAAAAACGGGAAAUCAUUAACAACGUGUACUUCGCGAUCAACUCAAACGACUAACAACGAGAAGGAAUUUGUGACCAUUGUGGCGAUCAAUAAAGAAUCGCCGGAUGUAAUCGCGUCUGUGAAUAAUAAGGAGUCAAAAAAUAGCACAAUUACGACAAAACGACUCAAUAGCAAUGCAAGGGUAGAUAACGGACCGCUCUCUCAGAGUGAUCUCUCUUUAUAGCGGAAGGCAGAAGUGUCUACAAAGAGAGAAAAAGAAUCCGUAUUAACUGUUAAUUUAAAACCAAUCUCGAAAAAUCCUGUUAUCGUCUGAUUAUUUAUUCUUUAUAUAUUAUAUACGAUUGGAACUAUGUCAAUCAAACUGAACAAGCUAGAUAUUUUUCAACGCAAAAUAUCUGUUUCAAAAAUUGUUUUAGAAAUUAUUUGUCAUCAGCCCAUUAAACACUAACAAUAAGUAACAGUAAUAUAACAUCGAUGUUAUAAUUUCCUACUCAACAAUAAUGUAACCGCAAUAUAAUAUGUCCAACGUAACAGUUACGUUGUUGAGUGGGAAAUUAUAAUAUCGAUAUUAUAUUACUGUUAUACUUGGUGUUUAAUAGAGAUGUCCCUUACCAAAAUUUGAUGGUAAAAUGAUAACAAUUAGACGCCAAAUUAUCCAAUAUUGUGCUCUAAAUUAUUCAUUAGUAGAACAAAAUUAGAGUAAAUUGAAAUUAUGCUUAUCAUACAUAUAUGAUAUAACAUAUGUUGUAUAUCAUGAUGCGCGAUAAAUUACAAGUCUAUAUAAUAUUAAAUUAAGAAAAUAAUAUAAAUAAGUAUAUAAUGAACUUUAGAAUUAAAAAUGUUUCAUCUGAUUAUGCAAUAUAAUGUGCGUGAAAAAUAUUUGUAUAAUUAAUAGUGCAUUUCGCUGUCAUGUUGACAGUAUAUUUACUGUUAAUAGAUAACAACUGGAUAUCAAUCCUCUUGAUAAAUAUAAUUUUAAUGAAAACCAAGAGAUUCGAUAAAUUAACUUCACUCUCUUGCAUAUUUAGUGAAUAUAAGAUAAAUAUUCAAUAUUAAAUUCUCUUAUUUAAUUAUCUUUUAUA